UGCGAGGUUACGCAUGUGUGCGUCGGUCGGCGUCUCGCGCUUUGCUUACGUAGUAAUAGCCGCCGACAUUUCUCCAGAAAUCGAGACCACUCACAAGCACUUGUACUGUCCCAUCCUCACGAUCGCGAGCUGCAGUUCAGCACAACCUGGGUCACCGGCUUGGGAGAAAGGGGCGCUUCGGCACUCAAGGCGGCUGGCAUGUUGCUUAUGUCAGCGCUGUCCGCCGGUUUGCCUAUAUGGUGUCUUCUGGAUAGUGCUCAUGCAGGCAGGCUUCGCAUAAUUCUCAGAAGACGGAGGGCUAUACCGGAUGUUCGGGAUAGGUCAACUAUCGUGCUAAAUCUACGCGCGGCCAUCCACAGGUGGCAGGCGCUCCGAACGAACCGGCCCUCGAAGGGAAUAGCUUAUAGACCAGGGCAGCCGCAACUCGCUUUCUGGAAUGCUGUUUAUUCAAAGCUAGGGAAUGCGCGCCAUCUUUCUUUCUCGAAGGUCCCUGCGAGCCUUGCUGUCCCUGGGGAAGCUUAUGCCCCUAGAGCGUCAAAUGUCCGGCUCUGGUAUGUAUGCGGCAUGCGCGGCCCAGCAACCCUAACAGUCCCUGCCCUUAUUCAACUUGAAUCGGGUCAGCCGACUCACUUACUACACACCGCAUGUUACGGAAAGUAUAUGUCAUAGAGGUAGCUAACCGUCCUCAACGUCGAACACGUCUCAGAGGCUCUUUUAGUGUCCCAGCAAAGUCAUAUCCGCCACAAGUCGUAUCGGGAUGUGGCGCCAAUUAAUGCGAGCUGCCUGAUUACUCGCAUAGCAACCAACUUCGCCUAUCUACGUACGUUUCUAAAU